AUGCAGGGUCUUGCGGAUGGUCCCGUCAAGACUCACCUGUUCCAGCUUGAACUAGAUUCACUAGAACAAGCCAUUUCCAUUGCGGAGCAGAAAGACUUCAGUCUGAGACAGGCUCGCGCCAGCUCGACAUCAUACCGUCAACCGAGACGACAUGACAACGGAGGUCCAGAGCCGAUGGAACUCUGUUAUGUAGAGAGCGAGAAGGCUCGCUCUACAGGCUACAAGAAGUUGCAGAGAUGCAACAGAUGUCAAAAGACAGGACACUACGCUUACGAGUGUAGUGCCCCUCGUCCAGUGUCUCGCGACACUGGGCGUAGUGACCGUCCACCCAUGAGAAAGGGGCAGGGACGAGGGUCCGCAGUUGGUGCAAAGACGCAACAACGGGAUGGACCGUCAAAAAACGGACAGGAUCAGUAG